CGUGGACAAGCCCACACCAUCACAAGCAUAGGACCAGCAAUCGAGCAUGUACGAGCAUGCUUUCCCAAGCAAGGUUUGCAUGAUAUGAGACUUACUCUCAUGCAUGAAGAGAAGAUGAUUGUUUCAAGAAAGUUAAUUCUUCACUACAUGAAUCUUCAUCAUCCUCAAGAUAUUCAAGCUCGCAAGAGUCGGCACCUGAAAAGAAGUAUUUACUGGACAGCGGGUGUCAAUGAUAUCUGGGUAUUUGAUCAGCAUGACAAAUGGCAACACUUUCAACUCUAUCUUCAUGUUGCAAUUGAGCCAUUUUCAGGACGUGUACUGUGGCUUAAGAUUUGGUGGACUAAUCGUAACCCCACCUUAUUUGUGGGUGGUAAAGAGGAGAUCCGAUCCUGUCAUGUCACUGUGACAAUAGGUAAUAACACUGGCAUGGGGCAAUGGCUACAACAUACUAUGUGA